AUGCCCAAGAAGAAGAAGAAGAAGAAGAAGAAGAAGAAGAAGAAGAAGAAGAAGAAGAAGAAGAAGAAGAAGAAGAAGAAGAAGAAGAAGAAGAAGCCAGAAGAGUCGCUACUAUCCACCAGUAGGCAAGACGAGGCUUCCGGGAGCCAAAUUGAACAAGGCAAUGCCUCUGAAGAGCCAACAUCAACUGCGGAGUCUGGAUCCGAGGCACACACACACUGGUAUCAUACGCUCGAAGAAGUGCAAAAGGAGCAUCGCAGACUGGAGCUCUCUGCUUUGAGCUGGGCAUUUUCAUAUAUCAUCGAUGACCUCCACUCUCUGCCGAUCAAUCAGAUCCGCAGUCUGAUUGCCAGUGUGAAAGGGUACUCCGAGCCGAGAUAUGCGGCGAUUUGGAAGCUCCAUACCCAGCGGCUGGCCAAUCCAGCUCAUAAGCUGCAUGCCCCUAACUGCAGCAUUGGGCAGUAUCACGCCAAGCGACGCGAGGAAGCACUGGGCGAUCUGGCGGAUGAAUUGCUUCUCAGUCAGCCCUUUUGUUGGUUGUUGAAAGAGAUGCACUCGAGUGAUGAAGAAUCCAAAAGACGAGAUCGGCUCAUAGAAGUAUUCCGACAGGGUUGCUCAUUCAUGAUAAACUUGGAAGCAUGGUUCGGUGGGCGGCCUGUGAUUCAUGACAUUGACCGACUCAAUGGUGACUACCGCAGCGAAGUAAUGCAGCUUGACCUGAGCGCAACGCGGCGGAAGCCAAAGUUAUGGGGCCUGUCUCCCCCAAUCCUGUUGUUUUCACGCCCAGGGCUAUCAUACGAGCACACCAUUAUAGGCUUGGAGUUGAGAGAUACGGACAUGAUUGUUCAGGCGCAGGUUGUGCCUGAGUAUAUGCCUAAUGGGAAGCGAAGAAAGAUGGUGCGGAAGCCACUGACGAUGGGGAACGCGCCAGAUGUGAUUGACGAAGGUGAAGAGGACUUUACGGGUUAUGGGAGUGAGAUACCUGAGUCGGGGGAAGAUUGA